AGAAAAUCUCCGUAGCGUAGAAGAAGAUGAUGGAGGCCUGUAGAGAAUUUGCCGAUCGGGAAAGUUAAGAUCGUGAAUGCCUGUGUGUUCGGACUAAACUGAGUGAAACACGAUGCUCCCGAGACUCUUUAAACUGAACCUCCAGUAAUCUUACAGGAAUCAUUAGACAUGCCCCGAUCCCAAAAUAUCAGGAUUGUUUUUAACCAUAAAACCUCAGGCUUCGUCCUUCAGAAGGAGUGAACGCCCAAAGUUUCAUAUCAGACAGCAGUUAUUUGUUUGUUUGUUGUUGUUGUUGUUUUUCAUUCGGGACCAUGGUGGACAAUCGGUACGCCACGGCUCUGGUGAUCGGCUCGGUGCUGAGCCUGCUGGCCACGGUCUACCUCUCCGUGGCGGUGGGCACUCAGCACUGGUACCAGUACAGCAGCCCCGCGGUCAAGCAGAAUGGCGACAACGUGACGGUGCUCAGGGAGGAGUUCAUCAACGGAGAGUUCGAGGAGAGGAAGGUGUACAGCACCAUGUUCCGCCUGAACGGCACCCUGGGGCUGUGGUGGAGGUGCAUCCUGGUGCCUGUGCGACCCAGCCAGUCGCACUGGUUCAAGGAGCCAGACCCCAAGAUGGAGACGCAGUGUGUGAGCUUCACUCUUCCUCAGCAGUUCAACACAAAGUUCAACCAUGAUAAUGAAGAAGAUCUUCUGAGAACCUACCUGUGGAGGUGCCAGUUUCUCCUGCCCUUGGUGUCGCUGGCGCUGGUCUUCCUCAGUGGCCUUGUUGGGGUCUGCGCCUGCCUGUGUCGCAGCUUCACCCCCACUUUAGGUGUGGGAGUGCUUCAUCUUCUUGCAGGCCUGUGCUCCCUGGGGUCCGUCUGCUGCUUUCUGGCCGGAGUGGAUUUACUCCACCAGUUUUCCCCGCCGGAGGACGUGGAGGGCUCGCUGGGCUGGUCUCUCUACCUCGCUCUCAUCUCCUUCCCUCUGCAGAUGAUGGCAGCCGCUCUGUUCCUGUGGGCGGCCAGGAGCCACCGCAAGAAUUACACCCGCAUGACGGCCUACAGGGUGGCCUGAAGGAGCGGGGUGGCUCUCAGGCGUCGUAUUUAAAAGCGGGUCUCUUUAGAAAUUGUUCUCUGGUUUAAGGAGGAUGUAGGUAGUAUCAGAUGUACUAGUUGUAGUUUGUCACUACUCUGCGUCAGUCUAUUAGAUGAAAAUCUUAGACACUUAAAGGCAGGAAUAAACUCAUCAUCAGCAUAAGCUCUCAUGAAUGAGGCUUUUAUACUUUAUCUCAUCUUUGCUUUUCAGCAUCUCUGACUUUUAUCUUACCCAAAGCAUGUUUUUAUGAUAAGGAGUUAUUGAUGGUUUGUAAUUUCUGGUGUCAAGUGUGUUUCUGUGCAGUACUUUUCUUCUUUUUUUUUUGGCCUUGUUUUUAGUUGCCACCUCUUCUGGAGCUGCUCACCACAUUGCCCUUAACUCACUUUCACAUUGUAAACUUGCACUGUCACAUAUUUAAGACCUGGAAUUAUCCAAGUCCUAGUAGCUUUCUCUUAUUAAUGCAUGAAAAAUCCUGAACAGGCCUUUGUUGUUGUUGUUGUUGUUUUUUUGUCUUUUGUUCUGUCCACUUGUUGCAUCAUCUUUAAAUAUCAAGCCGUCGCUGUGCAUGCCUCUCAAAGCUGACAUUUCCAUCCUCUGUGGUAAUUGUUGAUUUUACUCCGCGGUAGAUGCUGCCUAAAUGUCAUGAAAUGUCGAUCACUAAAAUUGUAACCACUCAUUUUUCAUCUUCACCCUUUGUUGAUAGAUCUCAUGCGUAGACACACCGUUGAGUUGAAUGUUACGCCAACCGAGGAAACUUGUGACCUUCAGCCCAAAACUGUACUACUGCCUUUUUACUAGACACAUUUCUUAGUUUGAAUAUUUCCAGGUAGCUGAAACGUUGUUGCUUAACGGACUGAUUUGGUGUUCUGUGUUGGUUUAAGCCUUCUAAAUGUUUGUUAGUAAUAUCUAAUAGUUUCAAGGAGAUAUUUCUUAAUGAAAACUAAAUCUGAAAGAAUGUCUUCAACUGUAAAUUCUUGUCAAGUGACGUCUUUACUCUUUAUUUUAGUCUAGAAAAUGGAACUGAAUAUGCUCCUGUUUGUGUGGAAAAAUGUCCAGAGUGGCUCAUUCUGAAGAAGAAUAGAAGCUGUGAUAUUUAAGUGUCACAAAGUAAAAUGACAUGCAUCCUCUCUCCUCUGAUGCGUGGAAACUUGGCCUUUUGUAACCGUUUCUAUGUGUUCUGAAGCACAAUUUGCUUGUUUCCGUGUUAAUAAAUUUGACACUUGCUGA